AUCUUUCAAAACAUGUACUCUACUGAAAUUCACCCAAAAAAUUCCCUGCAACAAAAUUCAAAAUAUUCAUGAACUUUUUUCUGAAAAAUUGAGAAAAAGAGUGAUUUGAGUUGUAGAUUUUUCAUAUAUAUAUAUAGAGAUGACAAACCUCAUAAAUUGUAAUCUUUCUCAUAAAUUGUAAUCUUGCCCGACUCAUUUCCUUGGUAAAUUAUCACCUCGCCACAUUUUACCCUAAAUCCAAACCCUAGUUCUCGAUUCUCACCUUCCCCUAUCGAUUUCCCGAUUACCGGCGCUUCUUCUCAGAUUACCGAUGACAAUGGAAACAAAAAUUGUUAUCAGGAGGAAGAAGAGAGUCAAUUAUUUUGAUUUUCUUCCCGAUGAUAUCCUUUUCAACAUUCUGGUUCUGAUUCCAACUGAAUUGCUCCGGCUCAAGUUGAAGUAUGUUUGCAAGCGAUGGUUCAAUUUAAUUUCCAACAGGAUCUUGUUUGAUCUCGCCUCUUUAAUCAUCCAAAGGCCAAUCAGGGAAAACAGGCACAUUUAUGAAACUCGUCGUGAAGUGAAUGAAAAAAAACUCAAGUUGUGGACAACAGUGCAAGAUCUUAACAUACCUUGUAGAGGACGGAUUAGGUCAUGGUGUAACGAAUUACUUUUGAUAACAGAUCCACACAAUCUCGGUGCUCUCUACAUCUUCAAUGUAAAUACCCAGGACGGGUCAACUCUCCCUCCAUGUUCAUCAAGCUGCAAAGGACAUUUUGGGUGCAAGUGUGGGAUCGGUCUCGCAUUUGAUAAAAUUAAAGGAUCAUAUAAGGUAGUUCAUGUAUAUGUUGGCCUGCAUUGGAUUGAGUGUGAAAUUCUUGUUUUGGAAUGCAAAUUAUCGUCUUUUAAUUGCUCGAAGUGGGAAAAAAUCAGCGGACCUUCUUAUAUGGGUCAAAGGCGAUAUUAUUGGGAUGACCCUAUUUCAGUUGAAGGGAGGUUUCUUCACUGGGAUGUUCAUUCUGCUGAAUUCAUAGUUUCCAUGGACGUAGCUGAAGAAAGGUUUUUCCAAACUCGUCUUCCAGAGUACAGUAAUUCAUUCAAAAGCAACGAAUACUUUUUGACAGAGAUUGGUGGUCGUCUCUCUCUUCUACUUCCAGUUUCUGGUUCACAAGUUGACAUAUGGAUUUUGAAAACAACAUGGGAGAAGCUUCAAUCUAUAAGAUAUAUUUGCUAUGUCUCGUCAAGUAUACAUUCCGGUAUAGUUCUUCCUGAUCCCAUUGGUAGCUUGAGAAAUGGCAGCAAUAUAAUUUUCAGAAAAACUGGUAGUGACAGUGCUUUGUAUGCUUACAGUUUCCAAUUUAAGCAUAUGAAGCAGCUAGAGAUUGGGAUUCAGGCCAAUGAACGAUGCUUGGUCCAGUCAAUGGCCAAGGAUUUUCUGUAGAUGAAGGUUUGGUUAUGGAGUGUAUUUCGGAUUGAUCCCCUUCACAGUUCUACUGGUUUCUGGAUAUUUAUUAGGUUUAAUCAGAGUUAGGAAAAGUUUUUUUUUUUUUUUUUAAUGUAAUUUUUGGAGGAGAAAAUGUUAGAACAAAAUAGUUUGUUCUGUUGUUAUAAAAAAAAAAUAUAGUUUGUUUUGAUCUGGCUUGUGUCUUGGGAAAGUGGCAUUCUAGUGCUAUAGACUGUUAUGCUAAUGGAUCGUAUUGUACUGAAAUUGCUGAAAAUGAAUUUGUUCAUUCAUUUU